AUGAUUCUUGAUGGCCUUGAUGGCCUUGAUGGCUGUUCAAUUUCAGUGCUUGAAAGGCUUGCGCUGCAAAUGGUCUACAGCAAGGCCACUGCACAGAAGAUGAAAGAGGUCUUCAAGGAACGACAAAGAUGCCGGCAGAAGGGAGAAGAUUUACCACCUGACUGUGACCCGUUCCUGCUGAAGACCUUUAAGAAGCGCGUUGCCAUCGCCAACCAGUACUUUGCAGAGGUUGUCGAAGAAUGGCAUGCUGUCAAAAGCUCCCCGGGUCCUCGCUGCGUCAUGGUGGAGUAUCCAAUGCCGUUCGAUUGGCAGUGCGACGUACAAGUCUACGAAGCACCGCAACAAAGGUGCAUACACCGUCUGGUGGAUGGCAUGCCAAGCUGCCGCCUGGAGGAGAUCAUGGAGUUGGUUGUUGCAGCUGUGUCUGAAGAUGGACCAGCGCAACGUGCGGGUGUCAAAGAAGGCGACCGGCUGAUCAGCAUUGGUAUGCGCUCUGACUCUUGGAAUUCGAUAGAGGCCAAUUGGGCUUACCCGAGACAGCCAGUCCAGACCUUGGCCUUUGAGGUUCGUGAUCCUCUGGAUGAUGAGGGUGGUUUGUCCAAGCUGCUACGUGCUGCUGGUGGUCCUGGGCAGGGUGAAGAGGAUUUCUCUGCGUUUGUUUCCAUCCUGGGUAAGCCUGGAUGCGACACUUCAUUGGAGCGGGCAGCAUGGGAGGCGGUGCAAAGCUUUCAAUGCCGGAGAAGGCAGCGCUGCACUCGCCAGGAGGUACUGGUGGCCUUGCAGAUGUCAGGCCAAAGGGAGACUAUUCCAACUCUGAGCUUCCUGUGGCGCGAUGCAGAUCUUUUGUAG